AUGUCCAGCUUCGCAAGGCUACCUCCGUCCGGCAUCAAGGUGAUUAUUGUCGGUGCUGGAUUUGCUGGACUGUGUGCCGCAAUAGAAUGUGAUCGGAAGGGGCAUUCUGUGAUAUUACUGGAGAGAGUCCCGGAACUGAAGCCCCUGGGAGAUAUCAUUAGCUUUUCGUCAAAUUCGGGUCAUAUCUUCGAACGAUGGGAAGGUGUUGUUGAGGAGCUUGAACCAAUCAGCCAUCACAGUGAAGGGCUUGAUUUUUAUGAUUGGAAAGGAAAUUUCGCUACGAGGCAAGUAUGGGAUGUCGAGAAGCAAUGGGGCAGACGGAUCAAUGGCCACCGGGGAGAGAUCCACCACGUUGUCUUCCAGCACGCCAAAGCCAGGGGAAUUGAUAUCCGGCUCGGUCAACAAGUGACGGAUUAUUUCGAGACAGACACAGAAGCGGGCGUGGUCGUGAACGGCGAGAGGCUAGUGGCCGACUGUGUGCUUGCAGCCGAAGGCGUCAAGUCGGCGGGAAGGAAGAUUGUGCUGGGUUUUGAAGACCGACCCAAAGCCUCAGGAUAUGCUGUGUAUCGAUCUUGGUUUCCCUCCGAUGAUCUCGCCAAGAACGAAAGGACGAAGCAUUUGGUGCUGAACGGCGACUCUCAUUCCGGAUGGAUCGGCGAAGACAAGCAUUUCCUGGCGGCGUCAAUAAAGAACGGCACAGAAUUCAGCUGGGUUCUGACACACAAAGAUGAUGCGGACAUUGAUGAGGACUGGCAAUUCCCAGGAGACAAGGAGGAGGUCAAGAAGAAUUUGCAAGGCUGGGCUCCAAUAGUUCACGACAUUGUUCAUGCCACACCUCCAGACCGACUCGUCGAUUACAAACUCGUCUUUCGGGAUCCAUUGCCGACCUUCAUCUCGCCCAAGGCUCGGAUUGCAUUGAUCGGUGAUGCUGCACACCCCUUCUUACCAACAUCAAUCCAAGGAGCAAGUCAAUCAAUGGAAGACGGCGUGACACUUGCAGUCACGCUCGAGAAAAGCGGCAAGGACAACGUUCCUCGCGGCAUUCGGGCAUAUGAAGCCAUCCGGUAUGAGCGCGUCCACAGAGCGCAGAAGACUGGCGUCACCACGCGCGAGCAAUGGCACAAGGCCGAUUGGGACAAGAUAUGGAAGGACGUCAAGUCUUUGCACCUGAAGCGGGAGGCCUGGCUUCUGGACUUUGACGCGGAAAAACACGCGUACGAGGUUGUCGACGAUGUGUUGAAGAAGCUGGAUCGAGGCGUGUUGACGAGGACCGACGGCGUAGCAGAGCCAGUUCCUAACGGAGUGCAGACGAGACUAGCUCAAGAGAUUGACCAGCUCGCAUAG